ACCAUUUCUAUAACAUGGCGCCAUUUUCAAAAUUACUCCUCACCAUUUCUAUCUUCUUCUUCUUCUUGAUUUUGGAUACUAAAGCAGCAAGAUUAGCUGCUGAUGAUGAUCAGAUCAGUAGGAAAAUGUUUGAGUCAUUGCUGGAAAUGAAAUUUCCAAAUGAUAUGAACCGUAUUGACGAGAUUUUGCCAGGGUUUGUAGGGCAUGUCUCUGCUCGAAAGGAUACCCUUACAUGGGAGGCUUCUUGCUUCCGAAACAACCACGCUACUUUGGAAUUUAAUAACCGCGGUAAAUAUGGUGGUGGAACCCUCCAUAUCCAUGUUAGCGAGGCUCGUUGGUAUGAGUGGUAUUGUUCAAAUAUUUAUAUAUUUGCAACUCCAUUCAAUAUUCAUCAUGAUGAGUAUUGGAAAAAAGGAGAGCAUAAAGUUGAGUUUCUAUGGCAAGAGAAAGCUGAGUAUGAAUUUGUAAAAAGAAGGGGAAUUUCAAUAUUUGUGCUGCCAUCAGGGCCGUUGGAUACAGUUGUUGCAAUAGAUGAUUUCAGAAAACUGUUUGAAAAUUCUGAUGAAGGCGAAAAGGCCAAUGUUCAAUUCCUGAAGGAUUACAUGAAUGUGAGCUUGGAAGAGAGACCCCACCCAUGGGUCACCGCCAACAUCAAUCCUGACGACAUUCGGUCCGGAGAUUUUCUCGCAUUGUCGAAAAUUCGAGGACAGUCCGGCGGUUUCGAGUCGCUGGAGAAGUGGGUCACAGGUUCUUAUGCGGGUCAUUCUGCUGUUUGUCUGAGAAAUCCUGAAGGAAAAUUGUUUGUUGCAGAAUCAGGACGUACAAUUGCGGGAAAAGAUGUAGUUGAUGUACUACCCUGGGAAGAAUGGUGGGAUUUUGAGCAGAGCAACGAUGAGGGCAAUCCACACAUUGCACUACUUCCUCUACAUCCUGAUGUGCGAGCCAAAUUUAACGAGACUGCAGCCUGGGAAUAUGCCAUAAGUCUUAAAGGAAAUCCUUAUGGAUAUCAUAAUGUCAUUUUUAGUUGGAUCGAUACUCCGAAACAAAACUAUCCAUCCCGAGUCGAUGCUCAUCUGGUAGCUGCUUUUAUGGUAAUGUGGAAUACAAUAAAUUCUAAUUCAGCUUCCAGGUUAUGGAAUGAAGCAUUGAACAAGAGGCUUGGAACUCAGGGUCUCGAUUUUCCUGGAAUAUUAGUUGAAACUGAAGAGCGUGGAUUAAAUUUCAGUGAUAUAUUGGCAAUUCCAGAACUAGACCAUUGGGAAUAUACCGAUGGAAAAUCAGUUUCAUGCGUUGCCUAUGUUAUUCGAAUUUACAAGGCUGCUGGCAUUUUCCAUCCUAUCACCAAUUCUAUACAAGCAACUGAGUUUAUGGUUCGAGAUGGAUAUCAAGUGAAGCUUUACGAAGACGAUACAAGUCGUCUACCAAAAUGGUGUAACAAUGAAAAAGAUAAAAUAAAGCAGCCAUUUUGUCAAAUUAGAGGAAAAUAUCGGAUGGAUUUGCCGGGUUAUAACACAAUCGAACCGUAUCCGAAUAUGAACGAAAGGUGUCCGUCGCUGCCUCCGUCAUACGAGAGGGAGCCAAAGAACUGCUAAAUUACCAUUGCCAUGAUCAACAAUUUCUCUCUAUCAGUUUAUGUGUAUAGAAAUAGAGAGAUGAUAUAUAUAAAUAAGGGAAUCAACUGCCUUUGUUUUUUUUUAUCAGCUGUAAAUACAAUAAGCUUUAGUUUCAACUUUGGUUUGACAAAAUUA